AUGACAGUGGUAGAAAACGGGUUUUUUGUCAUUCAGAGUGGUCAGGUGCCGUCUAGAUCCUGUGUUUUGGAUGAAUUCUCGUUAGAAAACAAGUCCUCGCCUCUGCUGAAUUGUGGGUUAGAGUGUAACAGAAAUCAAAAUUGUAUCGGAAUGGACCUAAUCCAAGGAGGAACAAACGUGUGUAGACUUUUAUCUGGUUUUGUGAGCAUUAAUCCGUCUAUUUCAUCAGGUGGACGGGACUUCUACUGUAGUUUAUCAUUGACGACUGGUGCUACUGUAUCAACCAUAUGCCACCGCAACAGUCAUUUAUGGACGUUAAUCCAGAGGAGAUUCGAUGGAUCUGUAAACUUUAAGCAAAACUGGACACAGUAUCAGAGAGGGUUUGGCUCACGUGACUCCGAAUUUUGGAUAGGUAAUGAAAACAUAUAUCACCUUACAAAUGAAGGAUAUACACAUCUUAGGAUUGAGCUUAUGGAUCAUGACUGCGUUUGGAAAUAUGCAGAAUACAGUACCUUCUACACCGAAGGAGCGAUUUCAGAGUACAGAUUACAUAUCUCAGGUUACACCGGAAAUGCAGGGGACAGUUUUCUCUACCACAGCAACAUGUUCUUUAGCACCUUUGAUAACGACAACGAUAAGAACCCUGGUUACAACUGCGCCCUUGGCAGAAUGGGAGGCUGGUGGUAUAAUUCUUGCCAUAGGUCUAACCUUAAUGGUGAGUACGGGAACACGGACAAUUCAAACGGCAUCAACUGGUACGCCUGGAAAGGAUUCCAUUAUUCCAUGAAGGAAGUGAGGAUGAUGAUAAGAAAACCCUGA